CCCAAGAUGGCGGCUCCUCCGGGUGAGUACUUCAGCGUUGGGAGCCAGGUGUCGUGCCGGACGUGCCAGGAGCAGCGGCUGCAGGGCGAGGUGGUAGCCUUCGACUACCAGUCCAAAAUGCUGGCUUUAAAAUGUCCCUCUUCCAGUGGAAAGCCCAAUCACGCAGACAUCCUGCUUAUAAACUUACAGUAUGUUUCAGAAGUGGAAAUAAUUAAUGACCGAACAGAAACCCCUCCUCCCCUAGCUUCACUCAAUGUUAGUAAGCUUGCCAGCAAAGCACGGACGGAGAAAGAGGAGAAGCUGAGCCAGGCCUAUGCAAUCAGUGCUGGUGUCUCCUUAGAGGGCCAGCAGCUCUUCCAGACCAUUCACAAGACCAUUAAAGACUGUAAAUGGCAAGAAAAAAACAUUGUAGUCAUGGAAGAAGUUGUUAUUACACCCCCAUAUCAAGUGGAAAACUGUAAAGGCAAAGAGGGGAGUGCACUGAGCCAUGUACGCAAAAUAGUUGAAAAACAUUUUAGAGAUGUGGAAAGCCAAAAGAUACUGCAACGUUCACAAGCCCAGCAACCACAGAAGGAGGCUACCCUGUCAUCCUGAGUCCAUAUACAUGGAGGACUCUUCCAGCAUCCAGCCAAGGAGGCGGUGGUGGUGGCUUCAGCGGAGGCAGGCCGGGGGAGGGAAGGGAUCCUAUAUGUCCUGUUGGCUCUUGUUAACAAAGGGUCAGCAUUUCCAAAUCUUAGACUUGAACAAACAAAACACCCAACAAAAAAGAACAAGAGAAUAAUU